AUGUCUGCACCCACUGGCAUUGCUGCCUCCCAGGAGCUCUCGGCCGCAUUCUCAGAUGUCAUCGAGUCCAAGGAUACCAGGUUUCUCAAAGUAUCCAUCCGCAAUGAAUCCCUUGUUCCCGACGGGACCUUCCCUUCAUCUGGAACUUUGGAGGAGGAUCUGAGCAAGAUGCAAAGUAUACUAGAAGACAAUGUUCCCGCCUAUGUCCUUGCCAGGCUCGAUGAUCCUCCGUCUGAGUGGCUGGUAGUCUACUAUGUCCCGGACACCGCGAAAGUCAGAGAUAAGAUGCUGUACGCCGCUACGCGGAAUACUCUGACUAAAUCGCUCGGUUCAGCACACUUCACGGAUAGCAUCUUUGCAACUAGCAAGGAUGACGUGACUGCCGAAUCGUAUGCCAGGCACAAGCAGCAUUUGGCCGCCCCAAAGCCCAUGAGCGCCAGGGAGAAGGAGAUGGCAGCAGUCAAAGCGGCUGAACGUCAAGCCGGAGGUAGCCAAUAUGAAGGAAGCAGAGCAAGGCAGAAUCAUGUAGGACAAGGCGUUGGCCUCAAGUGGACUGAGGAUGUAGAGAAUGCUGUCCAAGAAUUAGGAAACGGCGAAGGCAGCGCUAUCGUCGUUCUGAGUAUCGAUUCGUCUUCGGAGACGUUGCUGUUGUCCUCGGUGGUUGAAUGCAGCGUGGAGGCACUAGGUGCUUCCCUUCCUGUCUCCGAACCUUCCUAUGCAUUCUUUGCAUGGUCUCAAAGUGUUACCGGUCGUCCCAAGCGAGAAAUCAUCUUCAUCUAUUCAUGUCCCUCAUCCUCUCCCAUCAAGCAUCGCAUGCUGUACUCCUCUGGGGCUUCCUCUGUCUUGCAAUCUGCUAAAGGGAUACUGUCAUUGUCUCCGGGCUCGUCGGCGCUAGCAGCCCGUAGGAUCGAGACGUCCGAUCCUGCAGAGUUGACAGAGGAAUACUUGAUAGCAGAACUUGGGCUGGAUCCCGCUGCCGCUGCUGCAAGCUCGAUUUCAACUACUCUCGAUGGCGAGAAAAAAGCGUUUGCCCGACCGAAGGGUCCCGGCAGGAAGCGGUGACACAGAUGAGGCCGUCGGAUACCCUGACGCCCGUUUGCCGUAGGAUCUUGUUACAUAGUUAUCAACUGACGGUCGGUCUUGUAAGUGGGUUACAACGUCGUGUAGUCCAGCUACCUAUAUCGAGUACUUUCAUGUCACCGGAAUUUGACUACACCAAUGCCGACGCCACCGUCCAGAA